AUGGCCGGAACCGACAAACCCGAGCAGAAUUCCGUGGAAUCGGUUGUGAAAUACGUUGAAGCUCUAUUCAAUACCAUAAAUCACAUGCUCAUAGGAUACGUUACAAUCUAUUUAUCGUACUUGACCUACCUGAAUGGGUUCAAAGGUGUUCUAACAUGGCAUAUGUUUCUUUGUGCAGUUGGUUACCACUUCUUUAUGGCGGAAUCGUUCCUGACACUUUACUCGUCCAACUCGUGGACGAUGCAGAAUGCAAUUGAUACAAAACGACGCCUACAUUGGAUGCUGCAGCUCAUAGGCUGUAUUGCGAUUUUUGUCGGUAUCGGAAUCGAAAUCAAAGACAAAGACGAUGCGAAGCGUAGCCACUUCAAGUCCGACCAUGCGAUAACCGGCUUAGUUUCAAUGGUGUUCAUAUGCUUGUCAAUGUUGAACGGAUUGGCGUCGCUGUACGCUGUGAAAAUCAGACACAUUAUCAAGCCCGUCUACAUCAAGUUGACUCACUAUCUAUGCGGAAUCGUGGCGUUCGUUGUUGGUAUGGUUUCAUUGAUGCUGGAAUAUUCUCCGAGGAGGUUGCAAACAGCGGAGAAUGCAAACAUGCUGACUGUUUUCUCAUCGGUUGUUGUUGUGCUGACAGUCAUCGGAGCCAUGAAGACUAUGUACGGUCAACUGAAGGGCGUUUGCCGGUAG